AUGUUAGGCACCGAACAUCCGUCAAGACAUUUUAUGUCUAUUGCCAGUGCAGCAGCAGCAGCUAGCAAUAGAUUAUUAAGAUUGAAUCAUUUUAAUGAUAAUGAUGACGAUGAUGACAAUCUGGAUCUCAACAUGCAAGAUGAUGAUGAUACCGACGAUUCGUCUAGUCCAUCGAGUACCAACACUUCGACACCACAUCAAGUUCGAAAUUCUAAUAAUAUCAACAACAAUAGCAAUAACAAUAAUAAUGCUCUCAAUGAGGAGAAUAUCAGAAGAUACCGUACAGCAUUUACAAGAGAACAGUUGGGACGUUUAGAGAAGGAAUUUUUACGCGAAAAUUAUGUUACAAGACCACGACGAUGUGAACUGGCAGCUGAAUUAAAUUUACCAGAAGCUACAAUCAAGGUAUGGUUUCAAAAUAGACGAAUGAAAGACAAAAGGCAACGAAUGGCCUUUACUUGGCCAGGUUAUGGUGAUCCAUUUUCGUACUUUUGUAUGUAUGCUGCAGCAGCCGCAAAUCCCUAUGGUGCGACGAAUCCAAUGGCAGCAGCAGCUGCUUUCCCAUUCAGUCCAUUAGCAGCAGCGGCCGUGGGUGGCGUAAACAAUAUUGCAAGACUGGCUUCAUCGGCAGCUGCUUUACGUUCAGCAUCACAGCAACAACAUCAACACCAACAACAACAUCAAAAUGUUGGUUUACAACUACCAUCAAGCGAUCAUCCUUCAUUUCCCACAACAGCUGCUCAAUCACUUAUACGUUUAAAUUCAUUAUGUUCAACACAACAAACACGAAAUGAUAAUAACAAUGAUACAAACACAUAUUUACGUCAAGAACAUAAAGUACCAGAAAUCAUUUCUCCCACAAAUGAAAAAAUAUCAUUGUCAACUUCUUCAUAUUCAUGUUCGUCAUCACCAGCAUCAUCAUCGAAAUCAUCUAGUCAUCGACAACAACAGCAUUCACCAACAAAUACUAUAACAACCACAACAACAAAACCAUUGAUCAAUUUUGCAUCGCCAGCCAUGGGAUUAGCAUCCGCUAUUGAACAAUCAAAUAAAUCAUCGUUAGUUACAACAACAGUCAAAUCUGAUGAAUAUCGCGAUUCCUAA